UAUCUGUGACUAAAACUAUGAACGUCAACUCGAGUCACUAUUAUGAUCUUGUUAAGAAACUGUCGUCAUUAACCGGCCAGUGGCCCUAUCAGAGACCAAUAACGAGGUUGAUCUGUGUGAUCUUGAUGACUUUGAGCACGAUGUCUAUGAUUAUUCCACAGAUAGCUAAAUUUUUUACAUGCCAAGGAAACUUGCAAUGUAUCUUUCAUACUAUGUCGUCUUAUAUAUUGACCACUAUAACAUUGGUGAAACUGUAUACGUGUUACUUUAACCGAUGUAAAAUGAAAGUUCUCAUUGAUCAGUUAUUCGUUGAUUGGAACGAAUUGGAAACACCAGAAGAGUAUGAAAUUAUGAAGAGAUAUGCCAAGAACGGGAGGCGAUAUUCUUUGGGAUACUCGUUGUAUUACUAUUUUGGCGUAUAUGUGUUUAUAUCUAUGUCCCUUAUACCGCAAGUGUUGGAUGUUGUUUUGCCUCUCAACGAAUCCCGUCCUAUACUGCCGACAUAUCCAGGAUAUUACUUCGUUGACGAGAGGAAAUAUUUCUUCUAUAUUUUCUCACAUUCUAUAAUGGCUUGGGAAAUUGCUGUGACUGUGAUAGUCACUCACGACUGCAUGCUCCUAACUUACAUCGAACAUGUUUGCAGUAUUUUUGCACUAGUCGGAUUUCGGUUUGAACGAUUAAUAUAUAAUGAUGCCAUGAAAGUUUUACAUUCUCAUAUAAGUGACGCGUACCGCAAACGAAUUGCAUUUUCCGUGUAUACGCACCGAAAGGCUUUAAAAUUCGCACAGCUGAUCGGAGAUACGUUUUCAUUAACACUGACUAUACAACUAGCGCUAAAUACAAUAAUGAUCAGCAUUACCUUAUUACAAGUCACACAGCGGAAAGCCAGUAUUUUAGAAAUGAUAAGGUACGUCAUGUAUGUCGUUGGUCAAUUGAUUCAUAUAUUCUUCCUUAGUUUCGAGGGACAAAAAUUGAUAGAUCACAGUCUUCAAACCCGCGAUAAAAUCUAUAACAGUCUUUGGUACGAAACGCCCACCAAGUCGCAAAGGAUGCUUAUGUUUGUGAUGCAAAAGAGUCUUCAACCAAUCUUCUUAAGCGCUAGCAAAAUUUUUAUUUUCUCAAUGGAAAACUUUACCAUGGUCGUGCAAACUUCAAUGUCGUACUUUACCGUACUCUCGUCUUUUGAAUAAUUAAGAAAAUAAGUGAUCAAUGUCCAAAAUAUCAGUCCUGCAUCCAGUCCGUUCGCAAAAAUCACAAUUUUGACGUGUUUAUAUCAAGGCAAGUAUAUUACUUAUUUGCGCGUAACAUUGAGUAACAAUUUAUAGCAAUAGUGUAACGAACUGUAGCGAAUUUGUAUCACUCGUUCGUCUCUGCAGCAUGUGUAUUGAUACUUGAAAUCAAACAAAAGUUGAAUUGUGAAAAAAUAGACGUAACUCUGAAGCUUUUUGUGUAAUAAAAGGAAAAAAAACAUGUAAAAAUUGUUAGUUUAUUAUGGUUAUGAGUUAUAAUAAGGUUCAAUAAUUUAGAAAAACUGUAAUCUUUACGUAACACAAUAUAUUAACAUAUAUGUGAACUUGUAUCGAUAUAAUUUCGCAAUACAAUUACAAGGUAUUUAUAACUUACACGGUUAUCACGCGAAAAAUGUAAGGUAAAGUUGUCUUUUUUCCUCACGACCAUCCGCAAUGUCUGCUAAAGUAGUCUGUCGUGCUUUUUAAUUCGUCAAAGAUUGAUCUUAUUGUUAAACUGAUUCUCUGCUGUCAAUUGCUUUGAAUAAAAUUACAGUAUGCAUUAAAGUCUAUAUGUUCUUUCAUUAGUUCUUGGAAAGACAAAGAGAACAGUAAGAGAACAUCUUACCACCCUUACAUUAAAAGACUGAGAAAUUUUUUCUUUUUUAAUUCUAUAAUCGAUACGUUCCGCAUGCGGAAAGAAAUUCGCAAAACAAAUUCGCAAACUAUUCUUACCAAUGAACAUCAACGUAAAUGUCUUAUCAUCUUUUUCAUAUUCGUGGGUCCGAAACUUUUGCUACGUAUCUCUUGUAGAACAGGAAUAAUAUUUUUGUAGACUCCAAAA